UUAAUUAUGAUUAAUAAAGCAAAUGCUCCAGUGAAUAUUAAUGAUAACAAUGAUAGUAAUAAUAAUAAAUAACUGAUAGUGGGGUGGAGUGAAUAAAAAAUGAAAAAAAAAAAUUCAAGUGUGAAUAAAAUUUCUAUUAUUUGAUCUUGAUACUGCACAGAAUUGAUUGGAUAGCAGGAUCUAAAGUCAACGCGACAUCAAAGGACUUGUCAGAGUAGGGACACCGAGGGAGUGAGUCCAAUAUUCGAGUGCUUCAACAGAGUCUUCUCUACACAUCAAAGACACACAUUCUCCGCAUUACCGUUGGCGUUCAAGAGUUGUAUCGAUAUUUCUGUAUGUGAUGGGUACACAUUUUGACACAAAGAACCAUCCAAAGUGGUUAAGUGCUAAGCUUUAAUGUUGAAAAAAAAUAAAAAAUAAACGAAAAUAUAUUUUAACAACGCGUUUUCACAUAAAGUAUUAAAAGCGGCAAACGCAUUUUUAAAUCGCGAGUGAGUCAGUGAGUGAAGUACACGGUGGGUGAGUGAAGGACACUCUGGAGUGCUGAAGGCCGGGCUAAAGAAAAGAGGAGAGUGUGUGGAAGAACAUUGGGAGCAGACAAGUGAAGAGAUGAGGUACCAUCCGGCGGUCAUCUUCAUUCUCCUGCUUGGCAGCGUACGUGCGCAAGGGGACCCGCGAACAUUUUCGGCUAGGCCUUUCCGAGGAGGACCGCCAAUCCAAAUUAGAGCAGUUCUUGAUGGCGUAGCUAAAUUACCCUGUGACAUUCGUCCGCCUCAUCCAAAUGACUCGGCUAUUUUGGUUGUGUGGUACAAAGCACCCGAUCGUUCAUCAGAAAUCAUGCCAAUUUACAGUUAUGAUAUGCGAAAACGACUGGAUAAAGCAACACACUGGAAAGACACUGAAUAUUUUAACGAACGCGCGCAUUUUAUAACAACCAGUGAACCUGCUACUCUAACUAUAAAACGAGUGGAGACAAAAGACGAGGGAGAAUAUUUGUGUCGGGUGGAUUUCGUUGCAAGCCCAACGAGAAAUUCUAAAAUUCAUCUCAUUGUAAUCAUUCCACCUCACAAGCCUAAUAUUAUCGACGAACAUGGCAAGACUGUAUCUACUAUCGCUGGAACAUACAGAGAAGGUGGUGACAUGCGACUGACUUGUCUCGUCUCUGGAGGUAAUCCGGUGCCUAUCGUAAGAUGGUGGAAAGGCGAAAUGCUUCUUGAGUCUAAGGAUGAACCAGGAGAAUUCCCAGCUUUAAGGAGAAACACUCUGGUCGUGACAAGUCUGACAAGAGCUGACUUGCAUGCUAUUUUCACUUGCCAAGCUUCUAACAACAACAUCAGUCAGCCUGUCUCAGCAUCCGUUGCCAUAGAGAUGUACUUACGACCACUGAGCGUAUCAAUUCUCAGCAGCGAACAUGCGCCACUAAGUGCAGACCGUAAGUACGAAAUAAACUGUAUGACCGUGGGUUCGAGACCACCAGCCAACCUGUCUUGGUACAUGGAAGGCAAGCUCUUAAAGAACUCGACUCAAAAGGUAACAGAAAAUGGAAAUAUGACAACAUCAACUUUAUCAUUUACACCAACGCGUGAUGAUAACGAGAAGAGUAUAACAUGUAGAGCAGAAAAUCCAAAAGUUGAGGGAGGCUUCGAAGAAGAUACUUGGAAACUAAAUGUAUUUUUCAUUCCGAUAAUUCGACUUGAGCUCGGCUCUAAAAUGAAUCCUGACGACAUCGAAGAGGGCGAUGACGUUUAUUUCGAAUGUAAAGUACGAGCUAAUCCAGAAGCCUAUAAAGUUGUGUGGAAACACAAUGGAGUGGAAAUUCAUAAUAACGCUAAGAAAGGUGUUAUCGUACAACAUUAUAGCUUAGCAUUAAGAAAAGUAAAUCGUUUUCAAGCGGGUAAUUACAUGUGUGUCGCUUCAAACGUCGAGGGUGAUGGUUACAGCGAUACCGUCGAGCUCAAAAUAAUGUAUAAACCAAUCUGCAUACCAGAUCAGAAACGAAUCUACGGCGUGGCACGACUAGAAGAGGCGAAGGUUGCCUGCCGAGUGGAAGCUUAUCCACCGCCCAACAACUUUCGCUGGGCAUUCAACAACACUGAGGAAAUGGUAGAUGUGCCGCAGGCACGUUACAGGAAUUCAACCCGUCAUACACAGAGUGUACUCACAUACAAGCCCGUCACUGAAAUGGACUACGGUACGGUCUUGUGUUGGGCAAGCAAUACAGCGGGGCAGCAGAAGAACGCCUGCAUAUUUCACAUCAUACCGGCAGGUAAACCAGAAGCACCGUACAACUGCACUCUCACGAAUCAAACGACAGACUCAUUGUCUGUUGAGUGUACUGCGGGUUUCGAUGGUGGCCAGCCGCAAAAUUUCCUUCUUGAGGUUUACGAUCAGCAUACGGGUGUACUCCAAGCCAACAUGACUAGUCGCGAGAAUGCAUCGUUUACUGUUCUUAACUUGGAGCCAGAUAGGGUGCUAACGAUGAAACUUUAUGCGUACAACUCUAAAGGCCGAAGUGAUCCCACUAAACUCGAGGGAUUUACGCUGAAAAUUGCCGAAAAACAGACUGUGCGCGUUUUAUUCACAGGUACUCCGGUGCCCUUCGAGAUAACGCCGUUGCUCGGAGUGCUUAUUGGACUAGUAGCGGCACUAUUAAUCAUCACUAUUGGCAUAUUGGGUGCAUUGAAAGUACGUAGCGAUAGACGCGCACACAGACCCGGUGAUUUGCCGUUGAAAAAAGCUACAGCACCCAGUUCGGAGGAUCUUUAUGAUACUGACGAUCGUAAUCCAGACGUUGUACCAACCAAUAAAGAUUCAGAUUACCAAUUAACUGGCUCAACAGCUGGUACACCAUUAGCUGCUCAACCAACUCCUGAUGAAAUUUCUACUACUUCACUACCCAUACAACAGACAAAUCAUUUGCAAAGCCUUAAUACUUAUUCGCAUAACGAUUAUACUAAUUAUCCGACUUUACCGUUAUCAGGUGAAGUGACGUAUGCAGAAUUAUGCCUAGCUCGACCAACAACCCUACCAACAGCCAUAGAAUCAAAACUUAGUUGUUUAAGCGAUAGUAUAACGGGUAUCGGUGGAUUCGGGGGUACCAACGGAGGAAAUGGAGUCGGAAGCGGCGGUGGAGUAUUAGUCGGCGGUAAGCCUUACAUAAAAGAAGCAACGGUAUACGCGUGUAUAGAUCACAACGCGCGACCGCCUAAAAUAGAUCAAAUUUGUCAGCCAAAUAAAAUAAGCCAGACCAACACCCCGCUGCUGCAGGACAACAACAGUAGUAUUACGACAAUGGGCAACAAGCAUCAUCAUCACCCUCGUGAAGUUGUUACCGUACGCACGCCACUUAUUUCAACUCAAGAGAGUUGCGUAUAGGGGCGCGAAUCCGACGCGCUCGACAUAAACGAGUAUUACGUCUAAUCGUAGCGACGUCGAUGUGAUUAUUAUUUUUUUAUUUUUCAAUAGCUUAUUAGUUUAUAAGGAAACAAAAAAAAUUGGUCUUCUUUAAUCAAUAAUAAAAGAGAAAAAAAUUGAUUGAUUGAUAAACAAAUAUAUAUAGUUAGCGAACAAACAGUAAUUUAAUAUAAAAUUACGACAGGACCGGUAUGCAAUAUUCAUGAUACUUUGUUCAGCAAUUACAUAUCGAUCGGUAGUAUAUAAUGUAUUUUUUUACACAUACAAAUAUCAUUGAUUUAACAUUUAUUUAAAUUAUUUUUAUUUAACUUUACUGUUAUUUUUCUCGCAUUUAUUUUUUUAUUUUUAAAUUAUUAGGUAAAAAUAAAUUUUAAAUGAAACAAUAAAAUAAUUCUAAAGUUUUGUUACGACAACAAAAAAACAAAAAAAAUAUAUAUAUAAAUUAAAUUUAAAAAUAAAGACUUUGUCAU